AUGUCUACGUCAGAGAACACCCUAACUGGGUCAGUCCCGGCAGCUUCUAGAGAACCAGCAACAACAAACGGAUCAACAGGAAUCACACCAGUAACACCAGACACGGGCAGAAGCCUCAUCGUUGACGAAAGAUUUUUCGAGGAGCAGUUCCUGAGAUGCCAGAUUUGUCAUGAGAAGUUUGAUCAAAUGCAACGAUCACCCAAAUCCCUGCCUUGCAACCAUACAUUCUGUAUGCCGUGUUUGACACAGAUAUUUGACCACGCCCAGCCUUCCGCCCGACGAUCUUUUACAUGGGCCCAUGAAUCAUUGGAUGGCACCUUGAAAUGCCCAACUUGUCGGGUGGAGAUCUUUUUAAGCAGAAAUAAGAUCAGAGAUCUUCCAAACGAUCACCGUGUAGUCCAAAUGAUGGACUUUCUCUCUCAAGCUGUGGCGAAAUCACAAAAUGUUUGUUCUAAACACGACGGUCAGCCAUUGAACUUCUUCUGUAAAAAGUGUCUGAGUCCGGUCUGCAGAGACUGUACAGUUCUUGACCAUAAAGAAUCAGAUGGACACGCUAUCGUUGACCUGUCUGACGCAAUCAAUGAAAACGCGACUCACUUCAAUGAACUCGAAGUCAAGAGUAGAGAUACGUUGGAGAAAAUGAAAACCAGAUCAGACAGUUUGGCAAACGCCUCCAAAAGGUUAGAUAUUCUUGAGCGUCAACUUAAAAGUGAAAUCAAAGAAACUUUUAUUGAAUAUCGAUUACUUCUGGAGAAACGGCAAGAAGCUUUGACGUCGAUGGUGAACCAGAUUAUCAAAGAUCAAAAAGCGAAAGUCAACGCUAAGUUUGCUUAUGUUUGUGAGCACGGUACACAACUACAGAAACUCUAUGACGAGCUGAAGUCAUCGAGGGACAGCAACGACAUUCGAAAACUAUUUAUCAUUAAUCAACAAAUGAAAGAUCAAGAAAGCCGCUUCACAGACAUCGCAGCUCAGGAUGAUACUGAUCUGUUUCAUUCUUGCGAGUUUGAGGCUCAAAACGAAGGCUGCUUUUUGUCAGACUUGAGCAGUCUUGGGGAAGUCAGACCAAAAGUUGACCCAGAACUAACGAAGCCAGUCACUGCUCAGCAGCUGGUCAUCCUGGACAGAGAGGCAAGGAGGGAGCAGGAGCUGCUGAUGGAGAACGAAGAGAGUAACAACGUUCACGGCGAUGAGUUCCUUACCACCAGGGAGAUGAUGAACUUGUAUCACAAUGACGAUGUGGAGGCAGGUGAAGAUGACCAAGACACGGAGGGCUACUGGCCCAGCCACAGUCUGAUGUCCGACCUCAUGAACUACUACGCCACACUUGCGGCAACUGCACCUGAGUCUAUGGACGAGAGCGAUAGCAUCGCAUCGGGUGGCCGCAGAUCCAGGCGUGGGCGACGACCACGAGACACAAAUAGUUUCCAGCUCCACAGCACAACACCCGCAGUUGUGCGCUCCGGGAGCAGGAACAGGGCUCCGGCUUCUACAGGAAGCGCCUACCGGGUGGUGCGACACUCAACCGCCUCUACACUGAGGAAUCAGCCACCGUUCGGGAAUGAAGAGUCAAACUUCUAUCAUAAGAGCCGCUUCUACUCUCUUUCCAUAUUGUUUGCUGGGUAUUAA